CUUGACUGUGCAGUCCGGCUCUAUAAGGAGCAGGGGAUCCGCAGUGUCUACAAAGGGACUGUUCUUACUCUCAUCAGAGACGUGCCUUCUAAUGGUCUCUACUUCCUGACAUACGAAUACCUCAAAAACUUCCUGACACCGGAGGGUCAAAGUGUUUCUCAACUCAGCACUCCCAAAAUCCUCCUGGCUGGAGGCGUCGCAGGGAUCUUAAACUGGACGAUCGCUCUUCCUCCAGAUGUCCUCAAAUCCAACUUCCAGACAGCUGCAGAUGGGAAGUACAGAGGUCUGGUCGACGUCUUGAGAACGCUGCUGCGAGAAGAAGGGCCUAAAGCUCUCUAUAAGGGAUUCAACGCCGUCUUUCUACGAGCCUUCCCUGCCAAUGCGGCCUGUUUUUUGGGGUUUGAAGUGGCAUUAAAGGGACUGAAUGCACUCGCACCCAGCUGGUGAAAUGAAUCAGUUUGUUCUGUAACAGGCUGCCAGUCUGAAUCAGCCUCUGCACCAAAAAGAGUCACAUUUAUGGCGUUUAAUUAUAAUGAAUUAUUCUAAUAUUAAAUGUGUUUUAACAUGUAUUUUUUUUUAAACUUUUUCUUUUGGUUUUUGCCUUUAUUAUGAUAGGACAGCUUAAGCAUGAAAGGAGGAGAGAGAGGAGAUGACACGGGGCGCCCGCUCUCCCAGCGAGCAGUUUUUUGGUUCUUAGUUUUCUGUAUAUUCCCAGAACGUUCUUCUUAGGUUUGGGCAACAUUUUCUAUAAACAUAAACAAAAUGUCUUUUUUUUUUUUUGUUCAUAUAUCACAGUACACUAC